GGCGGCCGCGCGAAGCAGUGUUAGCUUCUCUCCAAUCCUGCCACCGGACUCUCCGAAAUCAGAACUCAUUUCACCUUCAAAAAUUUCCAUUCUCGGGAUUUUUAACUGCGCUCGCAAGCGUCGCUGGGAGCGUUUUGAAGAGCGACGGCGUAACAAAGUGCGGGCUCGAGAGUGAGCGAAAGAGCGCGCAGCGUGCUCUUCACGUGGGUUUCGCGCGCGGUACGAUCGCGUGGAAGGAAGCAAGCGGCACACAGGGCCACGCGCUGCGUCGACUCGCUCCUUUGGGUGAACAGGGGUGUCUGUCUGGGUUUAAACUCAGUCUGACUGGUGAAUUUGAUGUAACAUCUUAAAGAUGAUGGUUAAAAUGGCAUCGCUCGUUCUGGAAGAUGGGAGCGCGUUCCCGGGCCGGCUUUUCGGGGCUGCCACCUGCGUGUCGGGGGAAGUGGUGUUCCAGACUGGCAUGGUGGGAUACCCAGAAGCUCUCACAGACCCCUCUUAUAAGUCCCAGAUCCUAACACUGACCUACCCCCUGGUGGGCAACUACGGUGUCCCUGGGGAAGAGGAUGGAGAAUUUGGGGUCAGCAAGUGGUUUGAGUCGCCCAAAAUCCACGCAGCUGCCCUUGUAGUAGGAGAGGUUUCCCAGAAUCCCAGUCACUGGGGCUCGACCAGGUCUCUGGACGAAUGGCUGAAAGAGCACGGCAUCCCGGGGCUCCAAGGUGUGGACACACGGGCCCUGACCAAGAAGAUCCGCGAGCAGGGGACCAUGUUGGGGAAGCUUGUGGUGGAGGGGACACUUGAGGCUAACGUACCAUUUGACGACCCUAACCAGAGGAACCUGGUGAAGGAAGUGUCCAUUAAGGAACCCAAGGUGUUCAACCCUGAUGGCGUAGUGCGCAUCACGGCUGUCGACUGCGGCAUCAAGUACAACCAGAUCCGCUGCCUGUGCAACAGGGGUGCCCGGGUGACCGUAGUUCCCUGGGACCACCCGCUGGAAAGUGAAGACUUUGAUGGGCUCUUCAUCAGCAAUGGCCCCGGAGACCCGCAGUUCUGCAAGGAGACCAUUGAGAACCUGAGGAAGGUGAUGUGUGUGGAGAACCCCAAGCCUGUGUUUGGUAUCUGCCUCGGCCACCAGCUGCUCUCCCUGGUCAUCGGGGCCAAGACCUACAAAAUGAAGUACGGGAACCGAGGCCACAACCAGCCCUGCAUCCACAAGGACACGGGACGCUGCUACAUCACCUCCCAGAACCACGGCUUUGCCGUGGACCCCCUUACGCUCCCUGCCGACUGGGAUGUGCUCUUCACCAACGCCAACGACCAGACGAGCGAGGGCAUCGUACACAGCUCCAAACCCCUCUUCAGUGUACAGUUCCAUCCUGAGCACAUGGCCGGGCCUGCGGACUUGGUAGAUCUCUUCGACGUGUUCCUGGCCACGGUCAGAGACUUGAAAGAGGAUGCCAAAGGGAAGACGGUGAAGCAGAGGCUGACGGAACACCUCACUUUUGCUGGAGCUCCCAAACCAGAUGACCUCGUGCGCCCUCGGAAGGUGCUCAUCCUCGGUUCUGGGGGGUUGUCCAUCGGCCAGGCGGGGGAGUUUGACUACUCUGGAUCUCAAGCCAUCAAAGCGCUGAAGGAGGAGAACAUCCAGACGGUUCUCAUCAACCCCAACAUUGCCACAGUACAAACCUCAAAGGGAUUGGCAGACAGAGUGUAUUUCCUGCCUAUCACCCCAGAGUAUGUUACUCAGGUGAUCAAAAACGAGCGUCCAGAUGGGAUCUUGCUCACUUUUGGUGGACAGACGGCCCUGAAUUGCGGGGUGGAACUCACAAAGCAAGGAGUGCUGGAGCGGUACGCGGUGCGGGUUCUGGGGACGCCCGUGUCCUCAAUUGAGAUGACGGAGGACCGGAAGGUCUUUGUGGAGAAGAUGGAGGAGAUUAAUGAACACGUGGCACCAAGCGAAGCUGCCAUGUCGGUGGAACAGGCGGUGGCGGCAGCGGAACGCCUGGGUUUUCCUGUGCUCGUGCGCUCAGCCUUUGCCCUGGGCGGCCUUGGCUCGGGUUUCGCCAACAACCGGGAGGAGCUGACAGCCCUCGUCACCCAGGCCUUUGCACACACCUCCCAGGUGCUCGUGGACAAAUCCCUCAAGGGUUGGAAGGAAAUCGAGUACGAAGUGGUUCGGGAUGCCUACGAUAACUGUGUGACGGUGUGCAACAUGGAGAAUGUUGACCCCCUGGGGAUCCAUACAGGGGAGUCCAUCGUGGUGGCCCCCAGCCAGACCCUUAACGACCGUGAAUACAACAUGUUGAGGGACACAGCCAUCAAGGUCAUCCGUCACUUGGGCAUUGUAGGCGAGUGCAACAUCCAGUACGCCCUGAACCCCGAGUCUGAGCAGUAUUACAUUAUAGAGGUCAAUGCUAGACUGUCUCGAAGCUCCGCCCUCGCCAGCAAGGCCACGGGAUACCCGCUGGCUUACGUUGCAGCCAAACUCGGCCUUGGCAUUUCACUCCCCGCUCUCAAGAAUUCCGUCACCAACUCUACAACUGCCAACUUUGAGCCCAGUUUGGACUACUGUGUCGUGAAGGUUCCUCGCUGGGACCUUAGCAAGUUCCUCCGAGUCAGCACGAAGAUCGGCAGCUCCAUGAAGAGUGUUGGGGAGGUGAUGGCCAUUGGCCGUAGCUUUGAGGAGGCUUUCCAGAAAGCUCUUAGAAUGGUGGAUGAGAACUGUGUGGGCUUUGACCACACUAUCAAACCAUUCUCUGACAAGGAGCUGCAAACCCCUACAGACAAGCGCAUCUUUGUACUGGCUGCUGCACUGCGGGCAGGCUAUACGGUGGACCGCCUGUAUGAAUUGACGAAGAUCGACCGCUGGUUCUUGCACAAGAUGAAGAACAUAGCUGACCACGAACGGCUUCUGGAGUCCUAUAGCCAGGAUGAUACGGUCAUGCCCCCAGAGGUCCUGAGGAUGGCCAAACAGCUGGGCUUCUCUGACAAGCAGAUUGCUCUUGCCAUACAAAGUACGGAGUUGGCAGUGAGGAAGCUGCGCCGUGACUGGAAGAUCCUGCCGGUGGUGAAGCAGAUAGACACGGUGGCGGCUGAAUGGCCGGCCCACACAAACUACCUCUACCUGACGUACAACGGCACAGAGAGCGACCUGAGCUUUGGAGAACCCCAUGUCAUGGUGAUUGGCUCUGGGGUGUACCGCAUCGGCAGCAGCGUGGAGUUUGACUGGUGUGCGGUGGGCUGUAUCAUGGAGCUGCGCAAGAUGGGCUACAAAACCAUCAUGGUGAACUACAACCCAGAAACUGUGAGCACAGACUAUGACAUGUGCAACAGGCUCUACUUUGACGAGAUCUCCUUUGAGGUGGUCAUGGACAUCUAUGAGAUGGAAAACCCAGAAGGGAUCAUCCUCUCCAUGGGUGGCCAGCUGCCCAACAACAUCGCCAUGUCACUUCACAGGCAACAGUGCCGGAUACUGGGCACCUCACCCGAGUUCAUCGACUCGGCAGAGAAUCGCUUUAAGUUCUCCAGAAUGCUGGACACCAUUGGCAUCAGUCAACCGCAGUGGAAAGAGCUGACUGAGACCGAGUCAGCUAUGCGCUUCUGUGAGACGGUUGGCUACCCGUGCCUCGUGCGGCCUUCCUACGUGCUAAGUGGAGCUGCUAUGAACGUGGCCUACUCGGACAGUGACCUGGAGAAAUAUCUGAGCAAUGCUGUGGCUGUAUCCAAGGAGCACCCAGUGGUCAUCUCAAAGUUCAUCCAGGAGGCAAAGGAGAUCGAUGUUGAUGCAGUUGCAUGUGACGGAGUAGUCAUCGCCAUAGCGAUCUCGGAACACGUGGAGAAUGCUGGGGUGCACUCUGGAGAUGCUACUCUGGUCACUCCACCUCAGGACAUCAACCAGAAGACUAUGGAGCGGAUUAAGAUUAUUGUGCAUGCCAUUGGUCAAGAGCUACAGGUGACUGGUCCAUUCAACCUGCAGCUCAUCGCAAAGGAUGACCAGUUGAAGGUGAUUGAAUGCAACGUCAGGGUGUCCCGCUCCUUUCCCUUUGUGUCCAAGACACUGGGAGUGGACCUGGUUGCGUUGGCAACCCAGGUUAUCAUGGGAGAGGAGGUGGACCCUGUGGGUUUGAUGACUGGAGGAGGGAUUGUGGGAGUGAAGGUCCCCCAGUUCUCGUUCUCACGGCUGGCAGGAGCAGAUGUAGUGCUGGGUGUGGAGAUGACCAGCACUGGGGAGGUGGCCUGCUUUGGUGAGAACCGUUAUGAGGCCUACCUCAAGGCCAUGCUCAGCACUGGUUUCAAGAUUCCCAGGAAAAACAUCCUCCUGUCCAUUGGCAGUUAUAAGAACAAGAGUGAGCUGCUACCUACAGUCCAGACUCUGGAAAGCUUGGGGUACAACCUGUAUGCCAGCCUGGGAACGGCUGAUUUCUACACUGAGCAUGGAGUCAAGGUGAUGGCUGUGGACUGGCCCUUCGAAGAGGAGUCGGACUGUCCUACUAAAGAAAAGCAGAGGAACAUCAUGGACUACCUGGAGGAGAACCACUUUGACUUGGUCAUCAACCUGUCGAUGCGGAACUCGGGGGGGCGGCGACUGUCUUCAUUUGUCACCAAGGGGUACCGCACACGCCGCAUGGCCAUUGACUACUCUGUGCCCCUCAUCACCGAUAUUAAGUGCACCAAACUGUUUGUCCAGGCUCUUCGGCGGAUAGGAGACGCACUCCCUGUGAAGACCCAUGUGGACUGCAUGACAUCUCAGAAGCUGAUUCGCCUACCAGGUCUCAUCGACGUGCACGUCCACCUGCGGGAGCCAGGCGACACACACAAGGAGGAUUUUUCCUCAGGCACAGCUGCCGCCCUCGCUGGUGGUAUUACCAUGGUGUGCGCCAUGCCCAACACAGACCCUGCUGUCAUUGAUGCCGGUUCGCUUGCCAUGGUUCAGAAGUUGGCCAAGGCUGGCUGCCGCUGUGACUACGCCCUCUUUGUGGGAGCUUCCUCAGACAACGCCUCUGCCCUGCCUGCAAUCGCACAGUCGGCAGCUGGCUUGAAAAUGUAUCUGAACGACACCUAUUCCACACUCAAGAUGGACAACGUGUCCCUGUGGAUGGAGCACUUUGAGAAGUGGCCGAAGCACCUGCCCAUCGUAGCCCACGCAGAGAGACAAACUGUGGCUGCCAUUCUUAUGGUGGCACAGCUUUACCAGAGGGCUGUGCACAUCUGCCACGUCGCCAAGAAGGAGGAGAUCUUCAUUAUCCGAGCGGCAAAGCAGAAGGGAGUCCAGGUUACGUGCGAAGUGGCACCCCACCACCUCUUCCUUUGCGAGGACAACGUGGCGGCCAUCGGGGAGGGCAGAGCACAAGUGCGCCCCAUGCUUGGGACCAGGGAGGACAUGGAAGCGUUGUGGGAGAACCUGGACAUCAUUGACUGCUUUGCCACCGAUCAUGCCCCUCAUACUGUGAAGGAGAAGGACUCUGAGCAGCCCCCACCUGGGUACCCUGGCCUGGAGACGAUGUUGCCCCUACUGCUCACAGCCGUGAGCGAAGGCCGGCUUACCAUCGAUGACAUCAUCAAACGGCUGUAUGAGAAUCCACGAAGGAUCUUCUCCCUUCCUUCCCAGGAAAACACCUAUGUAGAGGUGGACCUGGAGCAGGAGUGGACCAUUCCCAGCCACAUGCAAUUCACAAAGUCCAAGUGGACCCCCUUUAAGGGCAUGCGCGUGAAGGGCAAAGUGAGGAGGGUGAUCUUGAGGGGGGAGGUGGCCUACAUUGAUGGAGAGGUGCUAGUGCCCCCUGGGUAUGGAGAGGAUGUAAAGACUUGGCCCAAAAGUGUACGUCCUGCUCUGUCUGCUGAACCAUUGAAGGAGGUCAUAAAGACUCCAGACCACAGUCGCCAGGUCAUCCCGUGUGACGCCAUUCGCGCCCGUGCCCUCAGUCCACGUAGAUCUGCUGGAGAUGGCCGGUUCAUGCUGCCGCCCCGUGUCCAUAGAGCUUCUGACCCUGGCUUUCCCCCAGAUAUGGUCCCAUCAGUGGACGUCUACACCCACCCCCCUCCGCUGGCCCGGAUCCUGUCACCACAGGGCAUGACCCCAUCGCCUCUGGCCCACCCUCAGACCUCUCCGCUGCUCCAUCCACUCGUUGGCCAGCAUAUCUUGUCUGUCCAGCAGUUCAGCAAGGACCAGAUGUCCCACCUGUUCAAUGUUGCCCAUACACUUCGCUUGAUGGUUCAGAAGGAGAGGAGUGUGGAUAUUUUAAAGGGCAAGGUGAUGGCCUCCAUGUUCUAUGAGGUGAGCACACGUACUAGCAGCUCGUUUGCGGCCGCCAUGCACCGAAUGGGCGGCUCAGUGGUCCACUUCUCCGAGUCCACAUCCUCCACACAGAAGGGAGAGUCCCUAGCAGACUCGGUCCAGACCAUGAGCUGCUACGCCGACGUACUGGUGCUGCGGCACCCACAGCCGGGAGCUGUGGAGAUGGCAGCAAAGCAUUGCAGGAAGCCAGUGAUCAAUGCUGGUGAUGGGGUCGGAGAACACCCAACUCAAGCACUGCUUGAUGUCUUUACCAUACGGGAGGAACUGGGCACAGUCAAUGGCAUGACGAUCACCAUGGUUGGGGAUCUGAAGCAUGGGCGCACAGUCCACUCCCUGGCCAGGCUACUUACUCAGUACAGGAUCACCUUGCGCUAUGUAGCCCCCAAGAACCUGCAAAUGCCCCCUGAGAUUGUCCAGUAUGUGGCAUCGAAAGGCAUCAAACAGGAGGAGUUUGAGAGCAUUGAGGAAGCACUUGCAGACACAGAUGUCCUGUACAUGACCCGGAUCCAGAAGGAGAGGUUUGCCUCAGUGGAGGAGUACAAUGCGUGCUUUGGUCAGUUCAUCUUGACCCCACACAUCAUGACGGGAGCCAAAGCCAAGAUGGUUGUCAUGCACCCUAUGCCCAGAGUCAACGAGAUCAGUGUGGAGGUGGACACAGACCCCCGCGCGGCCUAUUUCAGACAGGCAGAGAAUGGCAUGUACAUCCGCAUGGCACUCCUGGCCACCGUACUUGGCCGGUGAGAGAGAUGGUUGGAGGAUUGGGGGACAGAGCAACAAGUCAAGGCCGCAACCUAACCCAUCUCUCCGGCGGAACGACCAGAAUCUGUGAAGACCAGUAUAAAGGGAUAGUUUCCUUAGCUUUCCUCUUUCCAUUCUGGUGUUCUCAUUUUUAUUUACAGUUUAAAACAUACCUACAUACGUUUCUCCAAAUCUACUGUGCAUGGUUUAAGUAUACACACAAAAAUCAUGGAUCCCUGUGUUCCAUUUUCCUGCAGCCUUUUCCACCUUCCUGUGUGGUUUGACAUCCUGUGGGCUGUAAUGUGAACUGAUUGAACAUACUUUAAUAGCUGCUAAUAGUUUAAUAGGUAGCUGUUUGGGGUGGGUGUGUGUGUGUGUGUGUGUGU